AUGGAAUCACGUAGCGGAGAUUCUGUGGCGGGGCUUACGGCCAGGUGGGCUGAUAUGGUGUUGGAGGAUGAAGAGGUUGGUUUGGAGUGCGACGAGGCAGCCCAGGUUGCGACAGAGGCGGUGGUCGUGUCUUGGAGUUUGGUUGGACGUUUCCUCACCAAUCACCUCGUCAAAGUCGAGUACAAGAGGCAGAUGGAUAUGCAGCGUGUUCUUGAGGACGGUCCCUGGUCCUUUGAAAAUAGCACGUUGGUCUGUAAGCAAGUUGGGGAGGGUGAGUUUCCGGGUGGGGUGGUGCUUGAUUCUGUUGAUCUGUGGGCCCAUGUGUAUGAUCUCCUGGUUUGUUACACUACUGAUGUGAUCUUGGAGCAAGUGGGUAACUUUAUUGGCUCUUUUGUUCGUUGUGAUGACAGGCAAUUGGGUGGAGCAUGGAAAACCUUCUAUCGUAUCCGUGUUUCCAUCCUUGUUGCCAAACCUCUUAAGAGACAGAUGAAGCUUAUUAGACGUGACAAAUCUUGGGGAUGGGUCAAUUUCAAGUACGAACAGUUACACACGUUUUGUUUCUUAUGUGGCUUAUUUGGACAUUCUGAUAAAUUUUGCCUAAAAGGCUCGUGA